AUGUACUACGCCGAGUCUGACAUAACGUCCGAGGACGAUGGGGCUGGGGAGCAAAUGGGAAUGGAAGAGGCGAUCAAGGAUAUUGAGGACGACGACCAUAAGGUGGUGAACGGCGUAUAUCGCAUGAUCAAGGAACGAAGCGCGCACAAGACCGCUUAUAUCGACCUUCUGACGUUUAUCCUGUUCACGGCUCUGUAUAUGACGGUGCUCUACUUGCAACAAGGCAAUGCGCAGCGUUAUCAGGUCACACAGUCGAUGCAGCCUCUGUUGCCUCAGGACACAAGCCUUACCCAGCCGACGGAUGUUUUCACGUACCUGAACGAGACGUUCAUCAGUACGCUCUGGGCGGACCCCAUCCCAACCUUCGACAAUCCUGACGGGACGGAAGCAGACGGGAACCUGGGGCGUUACGCGGGGAAUCACAACAGGAUUCUGGGGGGACUACUCGUUCACCAGGCGCGCUACGGAGGGCGAGUUUGUGCCCGGAAGAGGUUUCAGAACCUGUUCCAGUACUGCUCCACUAGCAGUACCUCAAAGGAACCGUUUGGCGUUAACCCCAUCUACGUCAACACGUCGGUUUUGUACAACCCAAACGUGACCGCGACCGACUACUACGCUCCGGCCGAGAUCAACAGCGCGGGGAUACCCUAUGCGCUCUUCUUUCGCAAGAUCGAGGGUUUGAAGGACGGUUUCCCGGUGGUGUUCGACAUCAACCUCAGUGCGGAGAAUGCGGCCAACCGGCUCCAGUACCUCGCAGACGCUUUGUACCUGGACAAUGCCACGGAUAUCGUCACCGUCCGCGUCAUCACCUACAACGGCGACGCCCAUCACUUUGCCCAGCUGCAGGCCUUCUUCACCUUCCAACCGGGGGGGAAGAUCGCGGUGAAUACCGACAUCAAGGGCCUGAACGUCGAAGUCUACGCCAAGACGCAGGACUGGGUGCGGGCGGGGCUCGAGGCCUUAUUGGUCAUUGGCAUAGCGUAUGGCAUCUUCUCCGAGGUCAGGGAGGCUAUACACGUGCACAAGUCGAAGGGCUCGGUUCUCAGAUACUUCUCGAGCCUGUGGAAUUUCAUCGACGUCAUUUCACUGGCACUGCUCGUAUACGCCGUAAUUCACAGGAUCUUCUACGUUGUGAUGGCCCAAAGGUUCACAGCGGACGUCCACUACGACAUCUACCAGGAUCUGAACAGCCUCGGACGUCCGUGGGGCCUCAAACUGGACGGCUCGCAGUACACCGACUUUGCUGACCUGGCGACACGUGUCGCCACGCUGAUCGAGUUCCACAAUGAGUACGUCACCCUCAACGGCAUUAACGUCUUUUUGAUGAUCCUCCGCGUGCUGAAGCUGCUCGACUUCCAGCCCCAGAUGGGCAUUCUCACGCGCGCGCUCGCGGCCGCGGGCGCCGACCUCCUUAACUUCUUCAUCCUCUGGGGGAUCAUCUUCGUUGCGUACGCCUACAUUGGGAAUCUCAUGUUUGGGGGGAACCUAGACGCGUUCCGGAGCUUGCAGUACUCCCUAACAACAAUGUUCAUGUGGGUGCUUGGCGACACGACGGUGGAGUACACGUUGCUGGCGAAGCGCGGGUGGGAGCUGUGGGCGGGCCAGCUGCUGUUCAUCACGUUCCAGGUGUGGAUGGUGUUCAUCGUCAUGCAGUUCCUCAUCGCCAUCGCGGUCGACGCCUUCGUGGACGUCAAGCUGGCGACGGAAAAUGCCCCCGGGAUGUUCGAGGAGCUGUACGAUUUUGGGAAGGCAGGCAUUCUGCGGUACCGGUACAAGCGACUGCCCGACAAAGCGCUGCUGCGGCAAUUGAAGCAACUGAGGGGAACAAGCGUGACAGAUGACACGGUACGAGAUGCGGAAAAGACGGGCGAUCUGAGCAGUAAAGACAAGGAGCUGAUCGUCAAGGUCGACGGUCAGGACGUUGACACCGAACGGCUGAAAGAGGUCCUCGAGCGCCGGACGCUGUACGAGGUAGCUGACAAGUCGUCAGUCGAUCCGACGCGCGUUGCGGAGCAAGUGAUGGCACAGUUUGGGCUGGCGAUGGAGAAAGUGGAGAAGAUCGCAAAGAAGCCCAAGAAGAACGAGGAACUGCACAAGCUCAAGGAAGCGGUGGACUCGUUCGAGAAGCAGCUCGCAAGUAUGAGUGACGUCAUUCAGGGGCGACUGAACGCUAUCCACGGCGACAUGGCGGUCGCCGGGAUGUCGCGUUCGACCAUUCCGGAAGAAGGGCACGAGGACUUGGACUCUUAG